CUGGUCAAUGCUAUCCACACAAGCAUCUCCUCUAUAUCAAGGUUAUUACAGGUAUGGGAAGGACGAUGGAACAAUACAGUGCCGGUAGCGGUGAAGAAAUUGAAAUCGGGUACAGCCGAUCCGGCUGAUUUCCUCGCCGAGGCUCAUAUUAUGAAAAAGUUGAGGCAUCCCAAGCUACUUACUCUGUAUGCAGUUUGUACGAAAGAUCAGCCGAUUUUAAUAGUAACGGAAUUGAUGCAGGAAAACUUGCUCAGUUUUCUCCAAGGGAAAGGACGACAAUGCACCUUGACACACCUUGUGGAAAUCGCCGCUCAGGUCGCAGCCGGAAUGGCGUACUUGGAGGAGAUGAAGUUUAUUCAUCGAGACUUGGCCGCUCGUAAUAUACUCACAAAAAACCACUUGAAUGUGAAAAUCGCCGAUUUUGGCCUUGCAAGGUUACUUCAUAAGGAGAAUCAGUAUGAGGCACGAGUUGGAGCACGAUUUCCCAUCAAGUGGACUGCCCCAGAAGCGGCUAACUUCAAUCGAUUCACUACCAAAUCAGAUGUAUGGAGUUUUGGAAUACUGCUCAGCGAGAUUGUGACUUAUGGUCGGAUACCGUAUCCUGGUAUGACCAACACAGAAGUCCUGCAACAGAUCGAUGCCGGCUACCGUAUGCCAUGUCCGCAAGGUUGUCCAUUGGAACUUUAUGAACUGAUGUGUCAGUGCUGGUAUGCUGAACCAGGAAAGGCGGCCGACGUUCGAGACAUUACAGUGGAGACUGGAAGAUCUUUUCAAUUUGGACACUUCCGAGUACAGAGAAGCUUCAACAUCUGCAUGAUUAUUGUCAUAAGUUAUUGCCAUAGCCUUGUUAAGCUCUAUUAG